AUGGAUGCGAUUUUGGGAGUUCGAAUGGGACUUGAGCAUAUGAAUGUCACAUUAAAAAGCAAAUCAUCAACUUCGCCUGCAAACGAUAUGCAUAAAAGAUCGUUAUUAAACGAUUUGGAAUACAACGAACGAUUCGAAUUUCUCAACGUGUAUUCAAUGGAAAAAGAACUCAUGAAGAGCCUACAAAAGGGUUUACCAUAUCCAAUCAUUAAAGUCAUCGAAUAUUUAAGUGUUGAUCGAGCUGGUUUUACUUGGGGACGUCAAUAUCGCCUUGCUGGAUAUUACACACUGUGCCUACUAUGGACUUCAUUUAUUGUUUGGAUUAUUAAAAUGGUUAUCCUCUGCCUCGUGCCACAUCACUUCUGCAAACUUGUUUUAUCCGUUGGUGUUCUCAUUUUGUCAUCGGACAUCGUAUAUAUAAUUUUUGUACCAAAACAUUUACAUAUACCAUUUCCGUCGCCCGAUGGCUCUUUAGCUAUUCUCGAUUUUCGAUUGUCGUUUUGUUUCUAUAUGACUUUCCUCGCAGGAUUCUUAAGCAUCAUAGUCGGGGUGGUCUUAUGCUAUCUCCAGUCUGCAUCGAUUUAUACAUUACAGACAUUUUUAUCGUGCAACAUUGACGAGUACUCUUGUAGCUUUAGACGUGAUUCGUCACCAGAGGUGAAAAAAAUGGAUAGCAUAGAAUAUUCAAACACUUUGAUGGAAAGGUUUUGA